CUGGGUCAACCCACUACAUCUACAAACAACAGAAGCUCUUGUAUUAACNCGUGAGACCCUGGUGGGAGAGGCCGUUUUGAAGGGCUCCCCGGCGCAGGAAGGCAGCGGGGAGGAAAAGGGCCGGAGAUCCCCCCACAGGAGGGGCUCCAAAGCCAUCCCAGGGUGCUCUGAGGAGGAAAGAGCCAGCCUGUGCCGGGAAGGCGGCCGGAGCUUGAGAGGUAACUCUGACCUGGUGGUCCCUAAGCAUCCUCCCAGCAGGGAGAAGCCCUUCAGGUGUUUGGAAUGUGGGAAGAGCUUCAGGAAGAGCACCGAUCUCCUCAAGCACCAGCACAUCCACACUGGGGAACGGCCCUACAUGUGUAGGGUAUGUGGGAAGAGCUUCAGGGACAGCUCCACCCUGAUCCGCCACCAGCGCAUCCACACUGGGGAACGGCCUUACACGUGUGGGGAAUGUGGGAAGAGCUUCAGCCAGAGGUCCCACCUCCACACCCACCAGCUCAUCCACACUGGAGAACGGCCCUACAAGUGUGGGGAGUGUGGGAAGAGCUUCAGUUACAACUCCACCCUCCUCACCCACCGUCGCAUCCACACUGGGGAACGACCCUACAGGUGUGGGGAGUGUGGGAAGAGCUUCAGUUACAACUCCACCCUCCUCACCCACCGUCGCAUCCACACUGGGGAACGACCCUACAGGUGUGGGGAGUGUGGGAAGAGCUUCAGCCAGAGUUUCAACUUCUUCACCCACCAGCACAUUCACACUGGGGAACGGCCCUACACGUGUGGGGAAUGUGGGAAGAGCUUCAGUGACAACUCCAACCUCCUCGCCCACUGUCGCAUCCACACUGGGGAACGGCCCUACGUGUGUGGGGAAUGUGGGAAGAGCUUCAGACAGAGCUCCCACCUCUGCAAACACCAGCGCAUCCAUGGGGAACAGCCUUACACAUGUAGGGAAUGUGGGAAGAGCUUCAGUGACAGCUCCACCCUCCGCAGCCACCAGCGCAUCCACACUGGGGAACGGCCCUACAAGUGCUUGGAAUGUGGGAAGGGGUUUCAGACCAGCUCAGAUCUCCUCAGGCAUCAGCGGGCACACACGGGGGAGAGGCCCUUCCGCUGCACUGACUGCGGGAAGAGCUUCAACCGGAACUCCCACCUUGUCAUCCACCAGCGCAUCCACACGGGAGAGAGGCCCUACAAGUGUGGGGAGUGUGGGAAGAGCUUCACUGACAGCUCUGCCUUCAACAAACACCAACGGACCCACCGGUAAUAGAAGCCCUACAACUGCCCCGACUGCGGGAAGAGCUUCGGCCGCUGCUUCCACCUGAAUGAACCCCCUGAUUUGGAGGCAACCCCUGGAGUCCAGUGACUCAGUCCAUCCCUUUCGACCACAAAGGGCCAGUCCCCUUUUCCAAGGGCAGGUUCUUCCAACAGAACCCUUCUUGGGGGGGUGUGUGGAGAUUCCUGCCUUGGCUGGGGACCCCCCAAGGUCACUUCUGGAGGUUGAGGGCAGAGAUCUCCCCACGAGCGUUGGUCUGGGGGAGUUCCAUUCAUCUCUAAUUAAGAAUUAUUUCUUUUUGCCACCUUUAGUGGAAUUGCUUCAACAAUUG